UUGCAGUGGGUAGGACCUGCUGUUGUAUGAAGCUCCUCCUACAACUACAAAUUAAAUAGAUUCCAAACACUCUCUGCGAGCUAAAGAGAGUAAGAAAGCACCAGCUCAGAUCUGAAUCGCGCCCUAGAUCUCCUAGUCCAGCUUUUCCCGCUGCAUUUUCCUCAGGAUUUCUAGUUUGCAGAAUUUAUAGUCAUGUCGAGGAGGCCAGUAAAUCCUUCCAGACGCAUUGGUGAUGGUGGAAGUAUCCCAUUUGUGGGUGCGGUGCAAUCCAAAGCACGCUCAUCACCUCUACUGUCCAUAGGACUUGUGCUUGUGGGUGCAGUUCUUCUCGUCUUCUACGCUUUUAGCGGGUCAGGUGGCCAGAGCACUAAAGAGGCUGUAAUGAAACUUGAAGGUGGUUUUUCGUGUACAUUUGAAGUUCAAAGAGUAAUACCUAUACUAAAGAAAGCAUAUGGUGAUAGCAUGCGUAAGGUGUUGCACGUGGGCCCUGAAACCUGCUCAGUGGUAUCUAAAUUACUAAAAGAAGAGGAUACUGAAGCAUGGGGUGUGGAACCAUAUGACUUGGAAGAUGCUGACGCAAGUUGCAAGAGUCUUGUUAGCAAAGGCAUUGUGCGGGCGGCUGAUAUAAAGUUUCCACUGCCAUACCGGGCAAAAUCUUUUUCUCUCGUAAUAACAUCGGAUGCAUUAGAUUACUUGUCUCCAAAGUACCUCAACAGAACUCUUCCAGAGUUGGCGCGGGUAUCUGCUGAUGGUGUUGUUAUCUUUACUGGUUAUCCAGGUCAGCAUAGAGCUAACGUUGCGGAGCUAUCCAAAUUUGGCCGUCCAGCGAAAUUGCGAAGCUCAUCUUGGUGGAUAAGGUACUUUGUUCAAACAAGACUAGAAGAGAACGAAGCGGCCUCAAAGAAGUUUGAACAGGCUGCACUAAAGAAAUCUUACACACCUACCUGCCAAGUUUUCCACCUCAAGUCAUACCACUAA